AUGGUCCCACAAUCCUCCGAUAAACCGUUCUUCUGUCUGAAACAUCAUAUCAAAGACCCUGGCGCAGCGAACACAGCCCCAGGCAUGUACGGAGGAGAGCACUUGUUCGGAUAUAGUAUGCACGACGAGUACGGAGUAAUGGAUCCCGCUCAAACAAAAGAGGCACCCCCGGCCCUAACCGCCGACACAUACUCCCAAGCCCACUCCCAUCCAGAUCGCGACGACUACACCCGCGCGCGAAAAUCAAAAUUCCGCUUCAAAUCUUCUUCCAAAUCACGAGCCUCACGCGACGACCCAGAUACACACCGCCAUAGUCACCGCAAAAGAGGCUACAGUGACCGUGACCACCACCGUUCCCACCACCGUUCCCACCACCGCUCCAAACGCCACAACCACACCACCACACCGCCGCCAGAGGACAACCCACGAGGAUUAUCGCCCAAUGCAGCCUUCCGCGAAUCCCUCUUUGAUGCCCUCGGCGACGACGAAGGUGCUGAAUACUGGGAAUCUAUUUACGGUCAGCCCAUCCACAACUAUCCUGUCCCCAAGGGCCCGAAUGGGGAACUCGAGUCCAUGACCGAGGAUGAAUACGCGGCGUACGUGCGGACAAGAAUGUGGGAGCGUACGAGGGAGGGGAUGGUUGAGAUACAGGAACAGUUGAUUCGAGAACGACGAGAGAAAGCAAGAAAGGAAAAGGAGAGGGUGAGAGGGGCUGAGGGGGAGAGAGAGAGGAGGGCGUUUGAGAGGGCUAUGGAGGAGAGCCUUGCUAGGGGGCGGGAGAGGAAGAUGGGGAGGGUCUGGAGGGGAGUUGGGGAGGGGUAUUUAAACCGGUGGGAUAUAAUCAAUUCGCUGAGGGAGGGGAGCCGUGAGGAGACUGAUGGGCGGAAGGAUAUGGGGGAAUUGGUGUUUUGGCCUGUUGAGUCUGGGAAGAGGAGUGAUGUUUCGGGGGAGGCGGUUGAAGAGUUUAUGCGGCUUGCGCUUGUGCCAGUCUCUGCGCCGGAGAUGGGUGGUGAUGAGGCGUUGGUUUCUGUGCUGAAGACGGAGCGUGUUCGGUGGCAUCCGGAUAAGAUCCAGCAUCGGUAUGGUGCAUUGGGGAUUGAUGAGGAUAUUAUGCAGAGUGUCACUGAGAUUUUUCAGAUUAUUGAUCGGAUGUGGAAUGAGUUGAAGGAGCGGGUUUAG